ACCGCAACAAAGAACAAGCACAUGGUUCUGCUUGGUGCCGUAGUUCAACAAGCGCAGGGAGACGCUCGCUGCCGCUGCCUUCUUCAUUCUUCAUUUCGCCUCCAAGCGUCCGUGUUCCCAAGCUUCACUAAGCCCCAUCCAAGCCUAUAUACAAAGCAAUACCAUGCCCAAUCUUCUCAAGGAUCUCGUCUCCAUGGUGUCGCCUCAGUUCAAGCGUCCGAUGCAGUCGCCCACCACCACGAAUCGCCUCUCACCAACCAAGCAGAACGUGGCCUCUGGCUCCUUCUCCGACUUUGCGGCCCGAAGAGAAAACGCCAACGCGGAAGUGACCGUGGAGCAGCAGCAAGACCAAGCCAAAAUGGACUCCUUCGUCUUCUUUAACAUGAUGCGGUAGAAAGACCCGUCCGUUGGCCUCGUCGGGGAGGCCGUGACUGCGAACGCCAUGGUUUCGACUUGCCACUACAAACAACUCAGUACCAUACUUCGAUACCAAUGACGGGGACUGAAAGCUCGUCUGCAUCUGCGUUGGCCUUCUGGGGAAGCAACCAAUAAAUAUUUUCUCAAACUCUCGUGCUUUGCACGGGAGUCCCCUUGCUUAUUGACCAUGCUGUCAUAGUUCAUUUGACCGUUGCACUUUACAAACUCGAAAGCUCCUGAGAUGCUUCAGCCCUGAUUUCGCUAGUGUGCUGUCCGGAGCCGUUUUCGA